AUGGCAUUAAUAGAAAAUCAAAGCUUCCCUAUUGUUGUUUAUACGGAUAGCUGGGCAGUUUCUCAAGGACUAACAGUUUGGAUAACCAUGUGGAAAAGGGCUGCGUGGACUAUUCAUGGGAGAGAACUAUGGGGUGGCACAGAAUUGUGGGAGCAGCUUUGGACAAUGGGCACGAGAGGGGAGACCCUCAUUGGUCAUGUAGAUGCCCAUGCCCCACUGAUAUCCCUUGAUAGGAUUUAUAACCAACAAGCUGAUAUGAUAGCUGCUAUUCGAGAAAUCAAACGGGAAGAAGCCUAUACAGAGGAUGAUGACCUGUGCCACUAUGCUGAGGUAAAUGUAAUCGAGCCUUCUUUAAUAUCAUUGGCAAGGUGGGCUCAUGAAACUUCAGGACAUAUGGGAGCGGAAAAAACAUAUCAAUGGUGUCAUCAGCGAUGUAUACCAGUCACUAAUGACAUUGUUAAACAAAUAGUGAACAAUUGCUCUACCUGUACAGAAGUAAAACAAUGGCCCCUAAAGAAGAAGGCAAUUGGUAAAUUGAAGAGAGGAAUUGGACCAGGACAAAUUUGGCAAGUGGACUACAUUGGGCCACUGCCACGAGAAAAUAAACAACUAUAUGCCUUAACUGCAGUAGAUACUUAUUCUGGACUUUUACAAGCUUAUCUAUCAAUAAGAGCUGACCAAAAAGCUGCGCUUAAUGGACUAAUCCAUUUAAUCCAAGCAUAUGGAGUGCCCGAAGAAAUCCAAAGUGAUCAAGGAAGCCACUUUGCUGGGAGAGACGUACAAGAGUGGGCUCAUGGAGCUGGAAUCCAGUGGACUUUACAUAUCCCUUAUCACCAACAGGCAGCAGGACUUAUUGAGAGAAUGAAUGGCCUUUUGAAAGAACAAGUUAAAAAACUUACUGGGCAUAUUCAUCUUAAAGGCUGGACUAAAGUUUUAAAGCAAGCCUUAUUUAACCUCAAUAAUCGUCCGUUGGCUGAGUCCACACCAUUUAUGAGACAUCAAAAUGUUGUUGGAGAGCCACCUGUGUGUGCCCUCCGCCUGACAACAAUUAGCCCACUGGCAAACAACGAAUUAACUCCUACAGGGUUAUUGGUUAGGGCACCUAAGUCACUCAUAAUCAAGUUAAACUCAUCAGAAAAACUAAGCUUGGGAAUAACAGGUGAGUGGCCAAAGGAAUGGGAGGUUAGAAUAAAUGUUGAAAUGCUUGUAACAGAUGCAUGCCUAACAGAGACAUUAGAUAUCUGUUUAAAUGAAUGGUAUUUAGUAUUAGCAAAUCAAGGCAGUCAAGACAUACACAUAGCUGAAGGACAGGCCAUAUGUAAACUGCACAUAGAAAAAGUAACACCUGUUUUAGUCAGUAUUGAACAGUUUAAAGGAGAAACUGGAGGGAAGGUAUGGGUAUUAACUCCAGGGCAAAUGCCUAGGGCAGGAGAAAUAAUAGCUGCAGGACCAGGAGACACAAGAAUGGUUCUUUUAACAGGCUCUCAGCCGCCCCUCUGCUUUCCCUUACACAGAUUAUCCUCACGUGUGGAGUAA